GGCGGUUUCCGCCCCCUGAUUCCCCCUACAGAUGUUUGCUGCUGUGAGAGCCUCGGGCUAGAGGGACUGCAGACUGGAAAGUCCAGCCGCCUUCUCUCCAGGCAGAGUCUGAAACAAUUUAGCCACUAAAUCCUUAAGAAAUCGGAGGUACCGCUGCAAAGGAGCAGACCAGCUACACAGGUCUGUUCUCAUUCCUUUAGGAUAUUUCCAUGCUCCAUUAUGUUGAGGGCUAAGAAUCAGCUUUUUUUACUUUCACCUCAUCACCUGAAGCAGAUAAAACAAUCAUCAGGCUCCAGGCUCAUAUGGCAACGCCUUCUACACCAGCAACAACCUCUUCAUCCAGAAUGGGCUGUCCUUGCCAAAAAGCAGCUGAAAGGCAAAAACCCUGAAGAUUUAAUAUGGCGUACUCCAGAAGGAAUCUCUAUUAAGCCCUUAUAUUCCAGGGCAGAUACUAAGGACUUGCCUGAUGAACUUCCAGGAGUAAAGCCUUUCACACGUGGACCAUAUCCUACCAUGUAUACCUAUCGGCCCUGGACCAUUCGCCAGUAUGCGGGCUUUAGUACUGUAGAAGAGAGCAACAAAUUCUAUAAGGACAAUAUUAAAGCUGGUCAGCAAGGGUUAUCAGUUGCCUUUGACCUGGCAACACAUCGGGGUUAUGAUUCAGACAAUCCUCGGGUUCGUGGUGAUGUUGGAAUGGCUGGAGUUGCCAUUGACACUGUAGAAGACACCAAAAUUCUUUUUGAUGGAAUUCCUUUAGAAAAAAUGUCAGUUUCCAUGACCAUGAAUGGAGCAGUUAUUCCAGUUCUUGCAACUUUUAUAGUGACUGGAGAAGAGCAAGGUGUACCUAAAGAAAAGCUUACUGGUACAAUUCAAAAUGAUAUACUAAAGGAGUUUAUGGUCAGAAAUACUUAUAUUUUUCCUCCAGAACCAUCCAUGAAAAUUAUUGCUGACAUCUUCCAGUAUACAGCAAAGCACAUGCCAAAAUUCAAUUCAAUUUCAAUUAGUGGAUACCAUAUGCAAGAAGCAGGGGCAGAUGCCAUUCUGGAACUGGCCUAUACUAUAGCAGAUGGGUUGGAAUACUGUAGAACUGGACUUCAAGCUGGCCUAACAAUUGAUGAAUUUGCACCAAGGUUGUCUUUCUUCUGGGGAAUUGGGAUGAACUUCUACAUGGAAAUAGCAAAGAUGAGAGCUGGAAGAAGACUGUGGGCUCACUUAAUAGAGAAAAUGUUUCAGCCUAAAAACUCUAAAUCUCUUCUUCUGAGAGCACAUUGUCAGACAUCAGGAUGGUCACUUACGGAGCAGGACCCUUACAACAACAUUAUCCGGACUGCAGUAGAAGCAAUGGCAGCUGUGUUUGGAGGGACUCAGUCUUUGCACACAAAUUCCUUUGAUGAAGCUUUGGGUUUGCCAACCGUGAAAAGUGCUCGAAUUGCCAGGAACACACAAAUUAUCAUUCAGGAAGAAUCUGGGAUUCCCAAAGUGGCUGAUCCUUGGGGUGGUUCAUAUAUGAUGGAAUCUGUCACAAACGAUGUGUAUGGUGCCGCCUUGAAGCUUAUUAAUGAAAUUGAAGAAAUGGGUGGAAUGGCCAAAGCUGUAGCUGAGGGAAUACCGAAACUUCGAAUAGAAGAGUGUGCUGCACGAAGACAAGCUAGAAUAGACUCUGGUUCUGAAGUAAUUGUCGGAGUGAAUAAGUACCAGUUGGAGAAAGAAGAUUCUGUAGAAGUUCUGGCGAUUGAUAAUACUUCAGUGCGUACGAAGCAGAUUGAAAAACUUAAGAAGAUCAAAUCCAGCAGGGAUCAGGCUUUGGCUGAGCAGUGCCUUGCUGCACUAACCCAAUGUGCUGCCAGUGGAGAUGGGAAUAUUUUGGCUCUCGCAGUGGAUGCAGCUCGUGCAAGAUGUACAGUUGGAGAAAUCACAGAUGCUAUGAAAAAAGUAUUUGGUGAACAUAAAGCUAGUGAUCGUAUGGUGAGUGGAGCAUAUCGCCAGGAGUUUGGAGAAAGUAAUGAGAUAACAUCUGCUAUAAAGAGAGUUCAUAACUUUAAGGAACGUGAAGGUCGCAGACCUCGUGUUCUUGUGGCAAAAAUGGGACAAGAUGGACAUGACAGAGGAGCCAAAGUUAUUGCUACAGGAUUUGCUGAUCUGGGUUUCGAUGUGGACAUAGGCCCUCUUUUUCAGACCCCCCGUGAAGUGGCCCAGCAGGCAGUGGAUGCAGACGUGCACGCCGUGGGUGUGAGCACACUCGCUGCAGGGCACAAAACCCUUGUUCCUGAGCUCAUCAAAGAACUGAAUGACCUGGGACGCCCAGACAUCCUCGUCAUGUGUGGAGGGGUGAUACCACCACAGGAUUAUGAUUUUCUGUAUGAAGUGGGUGUUUCCAAUGUAUUUGGUCCUGGCACUCGAAUUCCAAAGGCUGCUGUUCAAGUGCUUGAUGAUAUUGAGAAGUCUUUGGAAAAGAAGCAACAAUCUGUGUAACAUCUUGAUUUUGUUUUACCCUUUUUCUAAUUUUUUAAAUAAUUAUCAAAGAAGAGAGUAAAGUUGUGCGUUCAGUUUAAUCUCAGUGCUUGUCUGCACUUUCCUUAGAAGUUUGAUGUUGAAUUACCUUACUUGUUUUCCUGCUAUAAAUUUCUAUAUACUGUUAUACUUUAAAACUAAAACAUAUUGGCCUUAACCCUCCAUAACAAUAAUCAUAUGUUUUAUUUUAGAAAGUAAUAGUGACAUACUAUUUAGAAAUAUUUCUUAUAAAUCUACUUGCUUUUCACUUUAAGAAUUAAACUUUACA